UCACUGGUUAUGGAAGAAAAGGAAAUAAGUCUCAUCGAUCAGAAUAUCUCAAGCUUGUUGCAGGUUCCUCUGCGUCCCACCAUCACGUCGCUCAACCUGCAUUGCAAUCGCAUUCCGAGGAUCGAGGGCCUGUCAUCAUUGUGGCUCUUGAGACACUUGGACCUCUCCUCUAAUUGCAUUGCUAAGAUUGACGGUCUCGCUACUCUCACGGCCCUGAGGACUUUAAAUUUAUCCUGCAAUGUCAUAACCAAAGUUGAGGGUUUGAACGGCCUUGUGAAUUUAACAAGGUUAGACUUGUCCUUCAAUCAAAUAAAUGACCUCAGUGGCCUGCUGCAUCUCCACGGCCCUGGGCGCAGGCUCAAGCACCUCAGUCUCCAUAGCAACCGUCUGGGCAGCAUUGAACACCUCUUGCAGUGCCUGCUGGGAUUGCAGGGGUUGAGAGAGGUGCUUUUGAGCUACAGUGGUAAGGACAACCCGCUGUGCACGACCCCAGGUUACCGUGAGAUUGUGAUGCAGUCGCUCCCACAAGUGUCGGUUCUGGAUGGCCUGAAUCGUCUGGGACAGCCGUCAUAUUAUGUGACUGACAGUCCCUGUGACGUUCCUGGGCUGGAGAACUAUGUGGACCUCCUGCUGCUCUCAGAUGGCUGCCACAGUGAAGCGGACAAUUUUGUGACUACUCUGAGUAAAAGACAGAGCGUCGCACCCGAAGCCUGCACCAAUCAAGUUGCAGCGCCUGACAGAGUCAGGAAGUGUAUCCAGCCAUCUGUUAAUGAAGAGAGGGUCAAGAAACUAGAGCAGCAGGUGUCCCGCCUUGUUCAGCAGGUGUCUGCAAAGCAGAAGUCCAGCCAGCCUAGCGACUCGGCGGUAAAAGCACGGAAACUUGUGAAUUGCGCAGAAUGCACGUCUGAGACAGAGUGUGACAGCGGCAAGGAAAACUGCACUCGUUCACCCAUUCCGAAAUCUCGUAAGGCCGUGACGAUAAGAACAAGCAAGCGGUCAGACAGUGAUCACGAAAAUCCUAAGCAGAGGAUGACAAAGCCUGUCAUCAGGGGGUCUUCUUCAUUGCCAAAGGGGGGCGGUGAUGCAUCAGGUUCGACACGGAGGUUCACGCUGAGAACCGGCAAGGAGCCGAUCGAUGUGAAACGCAAGUCUAGCGAGGAGGAAACGUAUAAGGCUAUUUUGGAGGAGCGAGAUCAAGAGAGGGAAAGGCGCUGGAAGGCCGAGCAGGUCGUCACAAAGCUGACGGACGAACUCAAGUGCCUCAAGACUAAGGUCAGCGAGGAGAAAGACCUUCAGAGUAUGGCCAUGCACACCACUGACAGGCUUAAAGACUUGCUGCUAAAGGAGCGAUCAACACGCUGCGAGCUAGAGAGACGUGUGGAACAGCUGGACGGGAGGUGCCGUUCGCUGAACCAGCAGCUGGAGCAGGUGCGUGGCAGCGAAGAGCGUCACAAGCAUAAGCUGCGGCAACUGGAGGAGGACAUCGCCCACGGGGAGGCGCUGCAGGCUCGCCAGCAGGCACAAGAGAUGAAGCAACAGCAGGAGCUGGAGAACGAGUUGACGGGUCUGAAGCGCGAACUGGACGUCCAGAGAGCCAAAGUGCAACAGCUGCACGAGUUGCUGGCGUGCAGGGAGCAAGAACACAGAAAGCAGUUGGAGAUGCGGCUGCAGCCGGGCGGGAUGGACUUCCAAGCAGCGUUGGCAAAAGAAGUGGCGUCCGAGAGGCAAAUUCUUGCUCAGAGAGAGUCUGAGCUCAAGGACAAAAUAGAAAAGGGCAAGAAGGCGUACGCGGCCCUGGAGGACGAAUUCCGGCUGGCGCUCACCAUCGAGGCUGCGCGCUACACUGAGGUUAAGAAAGCGUGCGAUCAAAUGUCGGCAGAGCUGCCAGAGAUGCGAUUGACGCUGGCUCAGUCGCAGUAUAUGGAGAAGAAAUCCGCCUCUCAAGUGCGGGAGCUCUCAGAGCUGGUCAAGGAGCAGAAGAGCCGCAUAUCAGAGCUCCAAAAAGCCAAGAGAGACACGUUGGCUGAGUUCAAGAGGCGCGCUCAGGCUCUGGAGGACGAGCUAGAUCAGGACAGGCGUAUGCGCCUUCAGCUGGAUGCGCUCAAGAAGGACAAAGCACGUCUAUCCUCCCAGCUCGGUGCGCAGGAGUCAGUCAUUGACGGCCUCAGGGCAGAGAGGAAGCUUUGGGGGCAGGAGCUAGCUCAGCAAGGAGCAUCUUUGGCUCAGGACCGCGGACGCCUGGAGGCAAGGAUCGAGGCCUUGGGCACUGAGGUGGAAGCGCAGAAAAAGCAGAUUGAGAGAGACCGGGAUUCCCUCAAAAUCAAAUGCAAAAUCAUGGAGGAUCAAACCGAAACCAUCCGCAAACUGAAAGAGACCCUACAGCAGCGUGACGAGGAGGUCCGCAGUCUACGCGACAACAAGGCCCUGGCUGAGAAGACGUUUCAGCGGCAGCUCAAAGAGGAGACGUCUCAGGUGUCAGAGCUCCGUGAUCGCGUGGAACGCCUUGGCCUGCGUAAGGAGGAGCUCACGCAGCAGUUGGAGGAGAAGGAAGCAGAGAUUGACGAGCUCAUUCGAGUUCACAGUGAAUCCAGUAAAAAGUGGCAGGAAAAGGCUCAGCUGCUGACUCAACUGGAGAGCCAAGUGAACCGAAUGAAAGAAAGUUUCGACAGCAAGGAACGCGCACUUAUAAAAGAGAAAGAGCAAAUGACGGACGCUCACAGAGUGGCGAUGGAGAAGCUCCGCUGCAUGGACGAUGCAUUUCGCACGCAGAUAGAGUCCCUCCAGGCAGCCCAUGAGGCUGAGCUGCUUCAGUUGGAAAAUGAAAAACACGAUCACAUAGCAGAGGCCAAUCAGAAGGUAUUCGAAGUGGAGGAAGAGAUGCGUCAGCUGCUGUUCGAGGUGGACGCCAACAAGAGGAUCACGGAAGAGAAAAUGAAACGUCUUAAUAGUGUCCUUAAAGAUUUCAACUCAUGA